AUGGCGACCUCUCGUGCCUGGACCUUCACGGCCCGCGGCAGCCCCCGUUCCGUCCUCUCGCUCGCCCCGCGACCGACCCCCACCCUCCCGCCGGCGCCCUCCCUCCUCGCCAAGGCGAGGCCCGUACCCCACGCCCAAGACGGCGACGAGUGGCUCCGCGUCAAGGUCGCAUACGCCGCGCUGAACCACGGCGGCCAGUUCUACAUUUCCCUGAUCCCCAGGUUCGCCCGCGCAAGCACGGCCGUUCCGGAGAUGGAUCUAAGCGGAACCAUCACAGAAGUGUGGAUCCCCGGGUCCGCAUCCGCCCCGGGAGAGGCGCCGGCGGCGACAACGCCGAGAACAAUGGACAAGGAAGCGUCGCCCGUGUACGGCGCAGGACCAGAGAACAAGAGCCGCCGCUUCGCCAAAGGCAAACGUAUCGCCGCCUUUAUCCCCAUAUCCUACGGCUGGCCGACCGGCACCGGCGCCCUGGCCGAACACGUCAUCCUCCCCGUGCGGUACGCCGUGCCCGUCCCGCCGCACGUAUCGCUUCGGGACGCGAGCAGCCUGUUGACAGCGGGCUGCACGGCCGCCAUGACGCUGCGCGCCGCAGCGCCGAAGAGGGGAGCACGGGUCCUCGUCAACGGGGCCAGCGGCGGCGUCGGCUCUCUGGCGGUACAGAUGACCCGUGCCGCCGUCGGGCCCGAGGGCUACGUCGUCGGCGUGUGCUCGGGCCGGAACGCCGACAUGUCCCUGAGGGAGAGGUUCGGCCGGGAAGGGAGCCAGUUCGACGCCGUGGUCGACUGCGUCGGCGUGCAGGACGUCUACGUCAACUGCGCCGCCUAUCUCGUCCCCGACGGUGUGUACUCCGCGGUCGGGAUCAAGCCGGCGACUCUCUCGUAUGGAGCCUUCGCCAAGGCGGUCUGGCACAUGCAGAUGAACGCGCUCUGGCCCCGUUCGACCUGGUUGGGCGGCACGGGCCGUCGGUGGGCGGCAACGGCCAUGAUGGACCCCGGUAAGGGUUUGAUGGAAGACGUUAUGGGGAUGCUAUCGGACGGGAGGAUCAAGGCUGUCAUCGAGAGAGAGGUUGCGUUCGAGCAGGUUGCGGACGGGUAUGACAUCCUUGGGAGCGGGAGGGCGAGAGGAAAGGUUGUUGUCAAGGUUGACGGCGAGUAA